AUGUUAAAAUGUGCCUUUGGAGUUGCUUUUAGCAAGUUUCUUGGCUUUAUUGUGCGACAUCGAGGGAUUAAGAUUGAUCAAGCUAAAGUUGAUGCUAUCUUGAUGAUGCCCGAGCCUCGAAAUAUUCAUGAGCUAAAAAGUUUUCAAGGAAAGUUAGCCUACUUGAGGAGGUCCAUAUCGAAUCUAGCUGGAAGAUGCCGACCAUUUAGGCAUCUCAUGAAGAAGGGUUCUCCUUUCAAGUGGGACCAAACAUGUAGCAAUGCCUUUGAAAGUAUCAAAGUAUAUCUGGUGAAGCCUUCAGUUCUAGCAGCCACUAUACCUGGAAAGCCAUUGAUACUCUACAUUGCGGCACAAGAAAGGUCUGUAGGAGCCCUAUUAGCUCAAGAAAAUAGUGAAGGUAAGGAAAACUCUCUUUAUUACUUAAGCAGAAUGAUGAUAUCAAAUGAGCUGAAUUAUUUACCAAUCAAAAAGUUGUGCUUAGCACUAGUCUUCUCAAUUCAAAAGAUGAAGCAUUACUUUCAAGCUCAUAUUGUUCGCCUUGUGUCUAGAGAAAAUCCUAUCAAAUUUGUUAUAUCGAAACCAGUCCUUAGUGACCGACUAUCAAGGUGGUACCUCCAAUUCCAAAAGUUUGAGAUCGUGUAUAUCCCUCAAAAGACUGUGAAGGGGCAAAGAUUGGUAGAUUUUUUGGCAGACCAUCCAAUACCAGAUGAUUGGGAGUUAACCGAUGAGCGUUUUGAUGAAAAUGCGAUGGUUAUCAAAGUUCUACUUCCUUGGAAGAUGUACUUUGAUAGAGCUACACAUCGUGGCGGAGCUGGUGCUGGUGUGGUAUUUGUCACUUCACAAGAAAAGGUUCUACCAUUCUCUUUCACUUUGAAACAAUGUUGCUCCAACAAUGUUGAUGAAUAUCAAGCAUUAAUACAUAGACUCGAAAUGGCCGUCGACAUGAAACAAUUGCAGUUACAAGUCUUUGGUGACUCUCAGUUGAAGUUAAUAGGAUGGCUUGGAGAUGUGACCCUCCAACAUGUGCCAAGGAAAAAGAAUAAGAAAGCUGAUGCCCUAGCUGCCCUCGCUUCAACUCUGACUCUUCCAGAUCAUAAACAAGUCACUAUCUAUCAAAAAUGGGUAGUACCACAGCCAAAUGAGGAUGAAUAUGUAGAAAAUAAGCUUGAGCAUCUCAUCGCUGUGUCUGAAGCUGCAAAGGAAUAUUGGCAACAACCUAUUAUCGACUAUUUAUGUUAUGGGAUACUUCCAAAAAAUCUAAAGAGAAGGACUGACAUUCGCCGUCGUGAACCUCGCUUCCUAUACUACAAGAACACAUUACAUAGAAGAUCAUUUGAGGGAGUACUCUUGCAAUGUUUGGGAGAGGGAGAAGCAGUCAAAGCUCUACAAAAACUGAAGCAUUCAAUAAGACUAUGCAAUCUGCUAAAGAAAGUCGUCUCCAAGUCCAAGCGAUAUUGGCAUGAAAGAAUGGAAGAAGCUUUGUGGGCAUGUAGGAUAACAUACCACACACCGACUCAAGCAACCCUAUAUUCACUUACUUUUGGAGUCGAAGCAGUCCUACCAUUUGAGCGCCAAAUACCUUUACUUGCUAUCCAAGAAGGGUUCACUGAAGAAGAAAAUGCUCGACUACGUCUUGCCGAGUUAGAAGCACUUGAUGAAAAGAGGCUGGAAGCUCAACAAAAUUUUGAAUGUUAUCAAGCCUGUCUAUCUAGUGCUUUUAACAAGAAAGUUCAUUUGAGGUUAUUUCAAGUUGGAGAUCAAGUCCUUGCAGUAAGAAGGACCAUUAUCACUUCACAUAAGUCUAGGGAAAAUUUACCUCAAAGUAGGAUGGACCAUAUGUUGUACAAGAAACGUAUACAAAUGGCGCUUACAAGCUUGUUGAUGCUGAUGGCAUGA